AUGGCGGCCAUGCGAGGACCGCGCAUUCCAACCGGCUCAGCUGCUUGGGUCGCUGAUGAGCGCGCUUCUGCCCUUCAGAUAGUUGAUGUUGAGGUAGACGAGUUCACAUACGCGGCUCACAAUGAGUUCUCAUGGCUCAAUGAGCACAUGGCCAACAUCUUCAACGAGAACGAAACGAACAUCGCCGAAACAUUCAAAACACCUGGAAGACUCCGUGGCAAGACACCUCGAACAGCACGAAAAUUGAUCACAGAGCCGAGAGUGCCCUUAUCCAAUGUUUUUGGGGGCACACCAUCGAGCUCAGCAAACCGAUUCGCGCAACAUCUUCUUCUUCAGUCUCCUCAAAGGGAGCUUGUGAACCAAGCAAAGUCUUCUUCGCCCAGAAGACACGCUCCAUCGCCAAAGUCAGCGCCUCCUACCUCUGAUGGACCAAUCGAAGACGCGCCAGCACAGCCUUCAGAUGACGCCCAAGCCAUUCACUCGGACCAGGACGCCCACAUGACCGUUGAAGAAGCAUCAGAACCAGUUCCAGCAGCCAAAUCUCAACCGGCUACGCAGGGCGACUCUGGCUAUUUCGGAAGUCAAGAUGUCAACCCUCCUAGCUUUGAUCCCCUGGAGGACGAAGAUACCUCAAAUAUUGACCCUGUUGCCUUGGAUGAAGCCAUUGCUUUCCCUCAGCCAAGUCCCUCACGGACAUCUCUUGCCAAGGAUCCCAUCAAGACUUCCUCGCCGAUCAAGACACAACAAGCGACAACUGACGUUGAUAUGGAAGAGGCUCAGGCCGAGCCCCAGGAGGACGAGAACGCCAUCCAGGAUGAUGCACAGUCUCAAUCUGAUCGCCACAGCCCUAGUCCCGUCCGCCCGGGCUUCCGCAACAGCUUGCAAUUCCCUUCUCUCCCUGCUCGUGAGCCUCUCACAGCAGGUAAGAGUAUUGGUGCCAGAGCUUCUCGAACAAGUCAUGUCGAUCCUAAGAGGACGAGUUACUUGGGGAGAAACACAAGAGGAAAAAGCCUGGCAAGCCACGCAGAACACAGUGCAUCAGACGAGUCGGAUCAAGACGAGAUGGACGUUGAUGAUUUCCCUACAGUGCCUCAACAGCCUAAGAACGCUGAGGAGCUUGCUGUCCACCACAACAAGACAUACACCCAGAUGCUACAGGACCGAAUCAGUGUACUCGGUAAAUCGCAGCCAAAUGGAAGUCGACCCUCGAAGUCAAUCCACAGCAUUACCAACUCUCAGCAGCCACAACCUGUAUCUCAGUCAGUACCUGAACCUAAGUCAUCAUCGCCCAGAAAGCUGGAGACCACAACAACUCCAGGUGCUUUUCCCGAAGACGAAGAUGAUGAUUGGAUUGUCCCUCCCACUACACAACAGCCUGUUGCUCCUACACCCACAAGGCCGUCACUUUCUAAGAGCCGAACUGCCGAUGUAAUGGAAGGAAUCCACGGCAAGCAGACUCUUGGAUCUUUUGACCUGGGUGAAGACCGUGACAGUAUCCGAUCACCGGCUCGGGCCAACAAGCCCCAGCGACCUGCAUACCUUGGACACUCCAAGUCUGUAUCGGUGCCUGCUGUUCCACUUAUCCCAGCUUCGGAUCCAGAGGAGGGAAGCCCAUUGAAGAAGACGAUAUCGGUAACGAACGCUUCUGUGAGACCAGCCACUGCUGUUGCACCUUCUUCCUCAUCCCCCUCCAAGUCUCCAACGAGGCUCUUCCGUGACAGUCCUCUAAAGCAUCUCAAGAACAAGAUGUCAUCCAUUCUCAGCACUUCCAAGGGCCUGAUCGCCAGCAGCGCAGCUCUGAGCGCCGAAGGCAAAUCAUCCCUGCUCUCGCCAUCUCGAGCUCAGCUUGGAACUUUCCCUGAUCCUUCUUUGGAUUCAAUCGUUCCUAAGGCAAGCAUUGACUCCCAGAGGAGUGGCGAUACUGUUACCGAUCAGCAGUCAACUGCACCUCGACCAGUUGCUAAGCGCACAAGAGCUUCAGUAGAACGCGAGAAGGAGGAGAAGAGAAGGGAGAAAGAGGCUAGAGUCCAGGCUGAGCAGAUGGAGAAACUGGAGAAGGAGCGCGAAAAGGAAAGGGAAAAGGCCAGAGUUUUCAGCAAAGAGCAGGAGAAGCUUGCCAACAUGGAAAAGCAGGUCGCUGCCAGGAAAGAGGUUGAAACACCUGCUCCUAAGGCUACACCUAAGCCAACCCGAACCAGCCCGCGAAGGGCAAAGCCUCAGGAGGAGACAGAGGCCAAAGCCGCUGACCAGGAGCUUGAUAUGGGCGAUGCACCUGCUUUGGUACCUCCUCCUUCUGCUCACAGAUCUGCCAUUCCCGGACAACUAUCUCGCCCCAAGGAAAUGAGGCGAAUUGCGAAGCCAGGCCGAGAGCCAGCGGCGAAGACAAAGGCGGCACCUACCGUUCACAUCAAGGUCAACACUGGCUCACAGUUACACCCUGGCAACUCUGUUGCUAGCGGGUAUCAGGACUUUGGUGCUUCGACAAGCUCUCAACCUCCUCAAACAAUCAGCAAGGCAAGCAAGGCCUCUACACAGCCCAAGCAAUCAGCACCAAACUUUGGUGCUUCUACCGGAUCAAAUGGGCGGCCUAGAGGUCUCGAUUUGGCUGCACAGAAGAAGGCCAAGAUUGAGCGCGAUCGCGCAGCAUUGAAAGAGGACAAGAAGAAGCAAGAAGCCAUUCGUCGCCAAGAGGAAGAGCGACAGAAGCGUGAGAAGAAUGCUCAGCGUCAAGCAGCUCAAGACCGACUGGCAAUCAUUGAGAAGGCCAAGAAGACCCCUGCGCCGCCCCCAGCUGUUCGGUCACAGCCAAAUGGUCCACCUCAGUACAGUCUACAGCAGGACAAGUCUGCUUCGGUGCAGCGAGAGGGACCGCCUCGUCCUCCUUCUCGUAUGAACUCUGGAAUCUUCAGAUCGCAAGAUGACAUAGGACGACCUGUCAAUACUAACUUGACAAAUGGUUCUAAAUCUGGCCCCAAAAGGCCACUUCGAGAUGCUAACGAGGAUGGACCUUCAAGACCUCCACCUGCACGUGGACCUCAAUACCAGGCAAAGGAUGCCAAGCGUCGUCGAACUAGCGAUGACUAUGCUGAUGAGCUUGAUAUGGAGCAGCCUCCUAAUAUCAAGGGACCUCCAGUUCGUCCAUCCAGCGCUCUUAAGAGGGUGAGCAAUCAAAGCGUGUCUUGUAUUCCAACAAAGGUUAACAAGUACCAGGAUCUGCAGACGAAGACUCUUACGAGUGGCUAUGUUUCCCAGGCUAGCGCACAGAACCUAUUCAAGACUGGCGUUGCUCAGAGUCAAAUGAAGGGAGGCAACCCUAUGGACAUGGCUCAGAUUCACAAAGGGACUAUUCCUUUCGCCCCGAACCCCAACCCGGCGGGACCUUCUUACAAGACACCUGGACGUCCCGGUCCUGUCAAUGGAAUGAAGUCUGCAGCCAAAUCUGUACCAAGAUCAUCACCGCGAUUCCAGAAUGGCGAGGCCAUUGAGCUUCCUGAGAUCCAGACAGACGAUGAAGAUGAGGACGAAGAUGAACCGCAAGCAGGUACGGUCGCAGCAUGGGCUAACUCCCCAUACAUUCGAGAUGCCCUCUUUAGACAGGAAGAUAUUGACCCUGCGUCAAUCUUCGGACCUCCUGCGCCCUUGAACAUGGAGGAGGUCUUCGACAAGAGCAAAGACAGACACCACAAGUUCCGUGCGCGAACAUCUAGUGCCAACUGGAGCGGCACAGAUCGUCUUACUGAAGAGGACAUCCGAAAGAACCUGGCUGCCAGAGACAAGCUCAGACGUGAGGGAGGCUGGUCUUACGAACUGAGCAAAGAUAUGAUGUAA